AUGUCAUCGCACGGGGAUAUCCCAGGAAAGAACGAGAUGCCUCUAAAUAGCAUUAUGGAGUAUUUACUUGUCGUCGUCGAUUAUGUUUCUAAGUGGGUGGAAGCAGUAGCAUUGCCAACCAAGGAUGUGAAGGUGUUUGAGUCUUUGCUGGCUAAAUAUGGCGUCCGACAUCGUAUAGCUACCCUUUAUCACCCUCAGACCAGCGGUCAAGUUGAAAUCUCCAAUCAAGAAUUAAAGCGGAUAUUGGAGGUAAUAGUGAGUUCUUCAAGAAAAGAUUGGUCUAAGAAACUUGAUGAUACUUUGUGGGCUUACAGAAAGGCUUUCAAAACACAUAUAGGCAUGUUUCCUUAUCGUUUGGUUGCCGGUGAAAAGAGAUUACGUCAGUUGAAUAAAAUUGAUGAGUUUCAAUUGGAAGCUUAUGAGACCGCAAAACUCUACAAGGAGCGCACCAAAAAGUGGCAUGACAUGCACAUUCAAAGAAGAAAGUUUGAGGUUGGGUGGUCAGGGCCAUACACCAUUACCAAAGUGUUUCCUUAUGAGACAGUUGAAAUGACUCACCAAAGUAAAGGAACCUUUAAGGUUGUACCUAAAUCUCAAUCUUUCUUGAUUUGA